AAUUGUCCUGUUCUUUGCCGCCUCCAAGUUGAGCAAGUGGCAUCCCCAAGAGGAGUGAAUGCGAAUGUUCUGUGAAUGUCCGAGGGACCCAAUCCAGCUCUCAUGAGCUUCUGAGAUGAGUAGCGUUCUUGCUAGUUGCUAGCGGCCAUACACAGGAGAGCUAGCCAUGGAGGCGACGGCGUUGAGCGUGGGCAAGUCCGUGGUGAGCAGCGCGCUCGGGUACGCCAAGUCCGCCGUCGCGGAGGAGGUGGCCCUGCAGCUCGGCGUCCAGCGUGACCAGGCCUUCGUCCGCGACGAGCUCGAGAUAAUGCAGGCUUUCCUCAUGGCCGCGCACGAGGAGCGCGACGACGACAAGCACCGGGUGCUCAUGGCCUGGGUCAAGCAGGUCCGCGACGUCGCCUACGACGCCGAGGACAACCUCCAGGACUUCUCCAUCCAUCUCAACCUGAGGACACCGUGGCGGCGCCUGCGAGCGCGGCGCCGCGUCGCCAGGAGGAUGAAGGACCUGAGGGCCCGGGUCGAGGACGUCAGCCAGAGGAACCUGCGCUACCAGCUCAUCAAGACCGCUGCCGCGUCAUCGUCGACGGCCAGGCAUCCAGCGACGGCCGCCGCCGCCGCCUCCUGUGACAACCAUCUAAUUUAAUAUUAUUUUAAACGAACCGCCGCUUCUUAUUAUGAACAUGAGGACUAACAUGCGCUCGUACUAAUAGCGUGCCACGGGUUAAUCCACAUCUACAUUAUAAAGGAGCAACCAUCA